GUUCAGAGGGUAGCUUGUUUGAUAACUUAUGCUAUAGAAAGAGGCGUUUUUCUGUAGGUUUGUACUCAGUAGUUCAUGCUUAUUGAAAUGUAGAAUCACACAGGUGGACUGUCGCCGAUGUAUUUAGUCUGUUAUCAACCUUAAGGCAUGCAUGUUUUGCGGCAACCAGUUAAACAUGCUGACAUUAGCCUUGUAGCUUUGUCCAGUAAUUAGCUAGCUUGGUACCAAACAGGCAGUCGUAAAUGACAUAUUUUUAAAGCUUACCUUAGCUGGCAGUGGGUUUGAAAGCGCUGUAUCAGAGUUAUGGCAUCAGUCAGGCUUCUGUGUUUGUUCAAUGGGAGGGCUGCAGGCUGGAGCAAAACAUUAGCCCGGACUGGCUGCAGAAAUGUCUGCAGUUCACCUUCAAGGCUGCAGAGCAUGUCAGCCUGGGUCAUUGAUCAGUAUGGCUCUAGUGGAGUUUUGAGGCACACAGAAGAAAUCCCUAUCCCGACUGUUAAUUUUGCACAUGAUGUGAUGAUAAACGUCAGCGCGGCCAGUCUCAACCCUCUGGAUCUGAAUAUGAGGGGGGGUUACGGAGCUACAUUGCUUAACUUAAGGAGGGAUCCUUUGUCUCUGGUUAACAGCUUUAGUGAGUUUCCACUCAUUCUUGGCCGUGAUCUGUCAGGUGUAGUAGUGGACUGUGGGUCUGGGGUAACCCACUUUGCUCCAGGAGAUGAGGUGUGGGCUGCUAUUCCACCGUGGAAACAAGGCAGCCUGGCAGAAUAUGUGACUCUAACAGAGUAUGAGGUUUCCUACAAGCCAGAAUCACUGAGUCACAUAGAGGCUGCAUCCAUCCCCUAUGUAGCCAACACGGCCCUCUCUGCUCUUGUGAAUGCAGGAGGUCUGUGCAGGGAAAACUCCUUUAAUAAAAGAGUUUUGAUCACUGGAGCAUCUGGAGGUGUCGGAACGUUCUCAAUUCAAUUAUUAAAAGCUUGGGGUGCCCAUGUGACCGUUACCUGCUCUCAGAAUGCCGAAGGCCUCGUCAGAGGUCUUGGAGCCGAUGAGGUGGUUGACUACACUGCAGGAGAUGUGGCUGAAAAACUGGACAUGAUGGAGAGGUUUGACGUUAUUUUGGACAAUGUGGGAGAAGAUACGGAGGAGUGGGCCAUGCGCCUGUUGAAGCCCUGGUCAGGGGCGAAGUAUGUAACGCUGGUGUCACCUUUACUCCUCAACACUGACUCCAUGGGGCUGCUAGAUGGAUCACUUCACGCUGGGCUGACCCUGCACAACAAAGCCUUUCAGAACAUAACCUCCAGCGGAGUUUUCUACAGGUGGGCAUUUUAUGCUCCCGACGGUCCCACCUUGGAUGAAGUCAGCCGGCUGGUGGAUGCAGGGAAGAUCCUGCCGGUUGUGGAGGCCCAGUUUCCGUUCAGCCAGGUGCCUCAAGCGUUCCAGAAGCUGGAGCAGGGUCACGCCAGGGGGAAGACUGUGGUUGAGGUGGCUGAAGACGAUGAGUACAUGGAGGCCGCGGAGUCUGAGCAAAAAGUGCAAGAAACGCUGCAGCAAAAUUGAAGAUGGAAAAUUGCCAAGCGAAUCCCUCGUGCACUUCUUUGACCUUUCACAAUGCUACAAUUCACAGCAACAGACUGUGAACUCCAAAUGGGAAAGGUCAUGAACAGAAGAUGGUGAAGAAGGAAAGGAAGAAAGCCAAAUGAUGUUUUUCUUACAGCGCUCACCUUUCUGCGCCAUUUUAUAUUUAUAAACGGUGUUUAAAUUAUGCUGUGUUCAUGCUCUAUUGAAAUUAAAGUACACUUAAAAUGGUGACAUUUAAAAGUUAAUCAGGUCACCAUUCUGUUGUUAUCCAGACUCAGAAACAUGUUGAUGAAUAUAUAUGCAUAACAUGGAAUUUGGUUUAGUCAUCUUUAAAGGUUUCUCAGUAAAAGACUUGAAUUUGUUUGUA